AUGCAAAAGCCCAAGCGCUUCCGCGCUCUUCUCCAAGAGGUCCGUCGCUCGGGCGAGGACCACCCCAGAGGACUCCUAGACGUCCACACCGGCAAGCCAGAGAAGAUAUUGUCCAGGAAAGUGCUAAGCACCGAAGUCCUCGAGGCGGAGUUGCGCUGGGUGGCGAGAAACACGCCAGCGCCACGAGCCGUGCGCAACAUUCUGAGGAUUUUGCUCGAAGAGCGCAAGAUCAAGCCGAUGCCUAGUCACUAUGAGGCACUGAUUCUGGGCCAGUGUCACCCGGAAUUCGGGUCGAUCGGGAACGUGAAGACGAUCCUCCAAGAGAUGGAACGAGAAGGCUUGCCGCUCGAAGCGCCCAUCCUCCUCGCUGCAUUGACGGUCCUGUCCAUUCAUCCCGAUACGUACCUCCGCAACAACAUUCUCGACCGUCUCACGAAGCAACAGUUUGCCCUGCCCAACAGCUACGCGCACCUGAACAUCCUCGCUCUCAUCCGCGAAGAACAAUUAGAAAUGGCAACAGUCGAGCUCGAGAAGUUGUCGCAAAAGAACCAAGUGCGACCAAUCCCUAACUGGUUGUGGACAAUCUACAUCCACGCCAUUUGCGAUCUAAGCCAGGACUUUGGCGCACUCCUCCAACUGCUCUACAGACUUUCGGACUCCCGAUUCCUCUUCCCGCGUCCCACGCUGCUUCACUUGUUGCUGAAAGCCAGCCAGGCCGGAGAUAUCCACGUCACGAAAUGGGUGUGGCACGGAUAUGUAGAAGCCAUGCAUAUCAUUCCAAAUGAGGACCUUUGCAUGUCCGUCCUGCGUGUCGCGGUCAAGGACAAGGACCUCAAGCUGGCAGAAUCUGUGGCGGUAGUGUUGGAGAGUGUGGCCGGGAAUGAGAUGACAGAUCCGCCUGUCCUGGAAUAUCAUGGACGCGAGCCAGCGGCAGACGAGCACAAACGGAAAUCCGACCCAUCCAAGCUGCCAGGCGUUUCAGGCGUCCCAAUCAAAACGCGCUCAGAGUCGGAGGGGGGUUUGACCAACACGUCCACUGACGCCGUCACCGUCACUCAACCAAGGCCGACAUCAGAGUCAGACUCUCCAACCGCGGAGUCCGACCUGGCGACCAUGUUCUCAACACCCCCUCCUCUGCCCAAUCCCGCCUUGCCACCACCUCCACCGCGCCGUCUCUCACGCGAAGCACUCGCGUUGCUCUCUUCGCUAGGGCUCAAAGACUUUGGCCCAGGACGCAGGAGGCGAAAACCAGCGCGAGGCAUCUUAUACCCCCUGUUUCGAGAGGAGAUGGGACUGGCAGGCGCGAGAUUUGACCCUCGACUCGCGCUGCUAGGGGCGUGGGAUUGGCGGAAGAAAUGA